AUGACGAGUUUAUGUGCAGCUCCCAACCCCCAGUCCAAAACUGAUUUCCUAAGCGGAGAACCACAUAAAAGACAUCCAGGGGUAACCCACCUCAAAACACUGCGACUGCCUGAGGAACUCGUGACAGCCGCUCGCUCAAUCAUCGACCGUGCUCAGGUGGCGCAUCUUCCUGACCGCGCUCGCAAGCUGACCAACUACUUUUGGAGCAGGAAGCGAGCUGCCGAGGACUCAGUGGUGAGGAAGAAGGCUGUGAGUCUGGAGAAGGAACUUUGGAAGAAGGCCAUAGAGAAAGGUGGAGAUUUUGACGAACAAGCGGUUGCUGACCGCAUUCAGAGGGCCGUGUUGUCAGAGCUCCGGCGGACAAUUUAUCACUGGACUCCAUUAAAAUAUGACGAGGAGCUUGGUGUGGUUUACAUGGCAGCCAAGAUGGCCGCCGGCUAUGCUGCUGUGAGGAGGGCUCUUAACGAGAUAAAGAUCCGUGAUCCCUCAUUUGCUCCUCAGACCCUCCUGGAUUAUGGUUCUGGCCUGGGAACAGUAGCCUGGGCAUCUCAUGCCUGUUGGGCUGACACACUGAAGGAGCUGGUUUGUGUGGACAGCUCAGGGCCAAUGAACAUUCUGGCAGAACGACUUCUUAAAGGUGAUGACGACCACGGUGAAGCUCACAUCAAACACGUUUACUUUAGGCAGUUUCUCCCGGUGUCCCCCAUGGUGCAGUUUGACUUAGUGGCGUCGGCUUUCACGUUGUCCGAAAUCCCCAGCACGAGGGAUCGGGAAGAGGCAGUGAUCACGCUUUGGAGGAAGACUGCCACAUACUUGGUAUUGGUGGAAAAUGGCACUAAAGAAGGUCAUCAGAUACUAAUGGAGGCCCGAGACACUAUACUACAUAAAAAAGACAAAACCCUCCACGAUACCAGACCAGCUUCAGUCUUUGCUCCGUGUCCUCACGAAGCCGCGUGUCCCAAACUUGCGCUACAGUUCGUCGUGCCUUGCAACUUCCAGCAACUGUAUAUGCCACUAUACGGGCACAUCAGUCAGUCAGAGAAAUUUAGUUACCUGAUUAUGACUCGAGAGCAGCAACGCCCCGAGGCCAAAGCAUUGGUGGACUGGUCCAGGCUGAUCGCUCCCUUGCAGGCUAGAACAAGACACAUUCACUGCCGCUUGUGUCGCCCCAACGGGCAUCUGGAGCACGUGGUUGUGACUUCACACAAACAUGGACGAGAUGUGUAUCGCUGUGCCCGGAGCAGCGAGUGGGGUGACCGAAUUCCUCUACUUCAAGACGUAGACGAAGAAUCAACGAUAUGCUAA